UACACGUAACUAAUAUUUUGCAAGUUAUAAAAUAUUAUUUUGUAAUUGCAUUGAACAAGAUAUAAGUGAAAUAAUAAAUUAAAAGUGAAAAAUAUACUUAUUCGAUUAUAAGACCAUGGAACCUCAAUACAACAGUAAAAGUACAGCUGUGAAGCGUUUAAUGAGAGAAGCAAAAGAGUUGUCAGAGCCAACAGAUGAAUACAGUGCUCAUCCAUUAGAAGAUAAUUUAUUUGAAUGGCACUUUACUAUGCGCGGUCCUCAGGCAUCAGAUUUUGAUGGUGGUAUUUAUCAUGGUCGUAUAUUAUUACCAACUGAAUAUCCAAUGAAGCCACCAAAUAUAAUAUUAUUAACUCCAAAUGGUCGAUGGGAAACUAACAAAAAAAUAUGCUUAAGCAUUUCUAGUCAUCAUCCGGAAACUUGGCAACCAUCAUGGUCAAUUAGAACAGCUCUAUUAGCAUUGAUAGCAUUUAUGCCAACUAAUAGCCGAGGUUCAUUGGGAGCACUUGAAUAUACWCCUGAAGAACGAUUAAGUUUGGCUAAAAAGUCUCAGAGUUGGAUUUGUGACAGUUGUGGUCAGAUAUCUAAUUUAUUAGCUAAUAAUAAAGCAAAACCAUUGACAAAAGAAGAAACUGAACUCAUAAAAAGUGUAACAUUUAAGGGAGAAGAAGCGGAAAAAGUCUGCAAACCGCCUGACCAACAAAAACAGGAAUUUGAAACAAUCAAUGAAGAACCAGUAGUAAAUAAUAUUUCUCCAAACUUUUUAAGAGAUGCAUUAUGCUCAGAUAUUGGAAUGUACCUUAUAUAUUUAAUUAUUGCACUCAUUAGUAUAUUAGUAGCACGUCGUUUCUAUAGUGCUUAAGUUUAUUGUUUUAUUUUAAUCUUUUAUUUUACAACAAUUAUUAUUAAC